AUAGAGCCAAACUGUAUUCGUUUGUCAUCAACAAUGCAUCCAACACCAGCCGCAGACUGUGCGAGGAGGGAUUGAUUUCGAACUUAGCUGGCAGACCUCACUAGAAUGACUGUCUUCUCCAAGUUCGGUUGCCUUGGGAACCCCACUCAAAUGCUACAUGAGCUUGGUCGGGCAGUGGAGCGUGCGCGGCAUUGGAAGUCCACUUUCAAGCGGCAAUUCUUCCUCGCGGCAGUUUCGCUGGGGAAGUGUGAGCCCGGCAGCCAGCUGGUGGUCUACAAGGAUGGCAUGGAGUACAUCGGCACCCUGCCCGCAACAGCAAAGCCGUUCCUGCUCUUCGGCACGACGUUUGUCCCCAGCAGGCCGCGGGGGGCGCCGGCGCCCGAGAACCCCCCCGUGCCAGUGACCUUGAUGGAGCUCACGGGGUCCAAGUCAAAGCCCGAGCGGGCAUGCGACUACGUGCGGGAGGGCGGCGCCCUGCUGGUGCAGGAAAUCAUGGCGGGGCGAGAGGGGUGGCUGCAGGCAGACCUGAGCGGCAAGGCAAGAAUGCUGCUGGAGAUUGCCGCACUGGAGGGCGCUCCCACACCGGGCACCCUCGCAGCAAACAACCCCACGUACAACUACGCGGUCCGCGCUUUUGAGGAUGCCGCACAGGAGCUGACCAACAAGGCCGUGGCGCAGCAGCUGGCAGAGGAGCGGGCGCAGGCACAGCAGCUGGCAGAGGCGCAGGCGCAGGUGCAGCAGCUGGCAGAGGCACGGGCGCAGGCGCAGCAGCUGGCAGAGGCGCAGGCGCAGGCGCAGCAGCUGGCAGAGGCGCAGGCGCAGGCGCCGGUGGUACAGGGGUGGUCACCCGAAGACCAACAGCCUGGCCGCUUGGCUGGGCCCGCGGAGUACGUGCCGGCUACAGAGCUCACUGAGGCGGGCAGUGAUGCCGGCACCGACACGACACAGGACACAAAGCAGCUCGGCGCCGCCAGUACCCGCACCAGCGAGCCGCCUGCACGUCGCGUACCUGCUUCUUUGACCCAGCAGCGUAUGGCUGGGGAGGUCAGCAACAGCGGCGCAAGUGGUGACACAUGUGGGCGCACGGUAGCAGUCAGCGGCAUAGAUGGCAGCUCGAGUGGGCGCGCAGGGGCCAGCAGCGGCGCAGCCAGUGGUUCGCUGCCGGCACCACCGGCCAGGGCAGCGCAGAGGAGCAGUGCGCGGUUGGCCGCACCGCGUGGUCAACGCAACAUAACUGGACCGGGCCAGGAGCCGAUUGGCGCGCGCCCUGCCAAGAAGAAGAGGCGGCCGCCCAGCCUGGAGCAGCCGCCCAGCCCAGAAAGGUCCGAGGAUGCGGCGCCGCCUGCUGCCCGUGACGAGGCCACCACCGAGAUUUACCGUUGCGAGGUCAAGGAGGUGCCACCUGCACUGCUGUGCGGCCUGGGCCUUGCCGCCGUGCGUCUGCCGGCAACGCUUACAAGGCUGAUCAACCCUCGCCUGAUCGCGGAGCUGGCGUCGCUGGCGGACAAACGCGGAGAGCAGAUCUUCCAGCGCAUCUCAGCACUGCAGGGCGUGCAGGCGGAGAUCCGGAUGAGCGUGGGGACGGGCCAGCGGGUUCAGGUGCUGUGGAAGGACCUCGCGGGCAGCGCUGGGCUCCUGGCGCUCUGCGACAAACUGCGACCGUUGCUGGAGGAGGUCGUGACAGCGGCAGACCCGAAGGGUGAGCUGGGGCUGCACCUGGAGGACGCCGUGCUGCUGGCGAACCUGCCCGGCACUCGUCCGGUUGCCGAGCAGGUGCCCCACUACGACAUGGCACCAGGGGAGCCCGGGUGGUUCAUCAUGCUCGCCCUCCAGCCGGCAAGCCUGCUGGUGGCGCAGGCCAGCCAGCACGAGGUCCUGCUGUGGGGCCGCGCGUACACCGCAGCACAGGAGGCGGGCCGGACUGCAGCUGUGCUGAAGGACCUCUGCGCCAGCACCCCCCACCGGCGGCUGGUGCGCCUGCAGCUGCCGGUGGGCGAGUUGCUGUUCGUGCACUCCAACCUCGUGCAUGCAGGCGACGCCGGGCGACUGGAUGGCAGCUACUCCCUGCGGCUGCACUGGUUCGUGAAGAGUGCGAAAACAACGAACAACACCCACCUGCCGCGCCAGAUCCACGUGGAGCUCGAGAAGCGCUUUGUGUGAUGGCUCAGACACACUCAGGAUGAAGGGGCGGGGCGGGGCGGGGCGGGGCGGGGCGGGGCGGGGCGGGGCGGGGCGGGGCGGGGCGGGGCGGGGCGGGGCGGGGCAGGGCGGUGUGGGCGGGGCGGGGCGGGGCGGGGCGGGGCGGGGCGGGGCGUGUGGGAAAUAGAACAGGUUCAUCAGUGUGGCGGCAAGACAAACCAAGUUGACACGCGCUGUCACUCGUCUGUGUUCUGUCUGUGUUGCACCCUAGCAUUCUUACGGCUUCAUCGUCAGGGUAAAAGCUUGUCCCCUUGACAUAUGAACAGUUUGUGUGGCGAGGUUGUCAUGACCAGGGACUGGAGCGAGAUCGGAGAUGGGCCAGGGCGGGCCCCCUGACACCUCAGCACUGUUUAGUCCAGAAGUUCCCCGUUCUAAUUAAGCCUACUUUUUGGUGGUAGUUGCGACAUCAUUAUCUGACACCGUGCGGAAGUGAAGGUGGGGGUGGGUGGGGGCAGUUGUUUGUUUGCUGCAAUCGCACGUCCAUGGACGCAACUCUAAACUGCUGGUUCUACGGACUAAAACUGUGUGAGAAUCAAGAAGCCACUAGCAAAGCUUAAAGUUACAGGAAUUACUAUGUUGGCGGGCGGCCCUCCUUUGGGCCGGCCAUCCGAAUCAAUCGGCCUGUCCGAAAUGGGCCGCCCAGGCCUCUGGGCUGGGCGCCCAGACUGCCCCUCCCAUCCGAACCUCCCGGUCCGAACUUUUCGGACCGGCUUCGGACCAGCUUCGGACCAGGUUCGGACGUCAAACCCCGGUUUCGGACGCCUUGGUUUUCCCCGAGUGGUGUGGGGCUCAAUGGACAGCCUUGUUUCACGCCAGCCGUUGACUCAAAAGGGUCACCGGUACGUCCAUCUACGCGUACGCGUAACAUCACUUUCUCGUAAGCUUUCUUCAACGCUUCCAGCAUGGCGCCGUGUACUCCUCUCUCUUCCAGUCUUUGCCACAACAAAUCCCUCGGCACUCUGUCAAACGCCUUUUCAAAAUCG